AUGCACGCAGCGGUGACGGCAUCGUUUUUCAAGCGAUUAUACCGAAUGCCCUUGCCUGUAUUUCUGGACCUUGCAGAAAAGCUCGUCCGAGAGUACAACGGUCCAUGUAGGAGAUCGUGCCCUUUGCUUCUCCUGUCAGUAACUAUCCGAUGGCUAGCAGGAGGUUCAUAUCUGGACCUGUCUGUCGCGCAUUCACAACCACCUUCGUCCAUUUACUACUACAUUGAUCAAACACUUGACGACCUCGACCUCGUGCUCCCUUUGUCGUUUCCGUACAGUGAUCUUGCGUGGCUUGAGAAGGUUUCAGAUGGAUUUUCGAGAGGAGUAACAAGUGUUUUGCGCGGGUGCUGCGGUGCGCUCGAUGGCAUUGCCAUAAAAAUCAAGGAACCAAGUCGAAUUGAGGUUCCCAAUUCCUCAUCCUACUACAAUCGCAAGGGCUUUUUUGCCCUGAAUGUUCAGGCAAUUUGUGACUCGUUCUACAGGUGUACAUACGUUGGAUGCCUCGCCGCAGGAUCAACGCAUGACAGCACGGCAUAUAGCAUAACCUCCCUAGCUGCGCUGUUGGCAAAAUCCGACAGUGGACUACAUCAAAGAUAUUGGGUGGCAGCAGAUGACGCCUACACAUGUUCAGAGAGGUUGUUGACGCCUUGGCCGGGUCGUGGGCUGUCUACAGCAAAGGACUGUUUCAAUUAUUGGCAAUCUUCAGCUCGCAUUUUUAUUGAACAGGCAUUCGGUAUGCUGGUUGCUCGCUGGGGGUGUUAUGGCGACCGUUGUCGUGCCACUUGCCCAAAAGUGUCCACGUUGUCAUGGUAUGCUGUAAACUCCAUAACUACAUUAUUGAUCGAAACGCUGACCUCGAGGUUCCAAAUCCUUCUCAUGAAGAUGACCUAG